UUAACAUUGGAAAACAAAAGAACCUCUCUGUCUCUGUUCUUUGCUUAUCCUCUUCUUCUCUGAGACAGAGGGAGCAUAGCAGAGCAGAGCAUAGCUACAGUUUUAGCUAUAAACGACGUCGUCUUCUUCUCAACUUUGAACUUUCAACUCUGAGAUGGUGUGAGACCCUUCUCUCUACACUAUCAGAAACAUCAACAUAGCAUCAAUGGCUAUGAGUAAUUUGAUUUCCAACCGCAACUUCGGUUCUUUCAUUGCCUCAGGAAAUGUAUAUAGAUCAGGAAAGGAUCUAUCACUUCAAAGAAAGGGAGUUUCUUUUUCUGGUGUAUCUGUUUCCCUGUAUGGAAUGUAUUGUCAAACUAAUUCCCCUUUGGAAGAGAGAGUUUCAAAACCAAUUACAACAUUUCACAUGAACUUAAAACUAAAGGGCAGCAUAAGAAGAAGUUAUUCCUAUGGUAGUGGCAAUGUUGAACAAAGGGAAGUGUAUUAUAGACUAGGUUUGAGCAGAAGGAAGCAUCCACAACCUGUGGUUGGUAAAGCGAAUAGGUUUCGUGUUUGUUACAAGUCUGAGGAGUGUGACAUUGCGGAAACAAAGAUGGAUCCUAUGCAAUCAACUGAAGGGACAGGUGAAGCUGUUCUUCUUGAUGGAAAUCUGACACAAGUAUCUCCUUGGUGGCAGCAGUUUCCUAAGCGCUGGGUUAUUGUACUGCUAUGUUUUACAGCAUUUCUGCUGUGUAACAUGGAUCGCGUAAAUAUGAGCAUAGCGAUACUUCCAAUGUCACAGGAGUUCAACUGGAACAGUGCAACAGUUGGCCUAAUUCAGUCAUCUUUUUUCUGGGGUUAUCUGCUUACUCAGAUCGUUGGUGGCAUAUGGGCAGACAAAAUUGGUGGGAAGCUAGUACUAGGUUUUGGAGUUGUCUGGUGGUCAAUUGCAACAGUUUUAACACCUAUUGCUGCAAGACUUGGGCUGCCAUGUCUGCUUAUUGUGCGUGCCUUUAUGGGAAUUGGCGAGGGUGUUGCCAUGCCUGCGAUGAAUAAUAUACUUUCCAAGUGGAUUCCAGUAUCAGAGAGAAGCAGAUCACUUGCUCUAGUAUAUAGUGGCAUGUACCUUGGUUCCGUCACAGGCUUGGCGGUCUCACCUAUGCUAAUCCACAAAUUUGGGUGGCCAUCUGUGUUUUACUCAUUUGGUUCCCUUGGAAGUAUCUGGUUUGCCUUAUGGUUGAGAAAAGCAUACAGCUCCCCAAAAGAUGACCCAGAUCUUGGGGAAGAAGAGAAAAGGCUCAUAUUUGGAGGCAGCGUAUCAAGAGAACCUGUGUCAACUAUUCCUUGGAAAUUAAUUUUAUCAAAAGCACCUGUCUGGGCUUUAAUAAUCUCUCACUUCUGCCACAAUUGGGGAACAUUUAUUCUAUUAACCUGGAUGCCUACAUACUACAAUCAGGUUCUGAAGUUCAACCUCACUGAAUCUGGGCUCUUAUGUGUCCUGCCAUGGUUAACCAUGGCUAUUUUUGCAAAUAUAGGAGGCUGGAUUGCAGAUACACUUGUGAGCAAAGGUCUUUCCAUAACAGCUGUUCGAAAGAUCAUGCAAUCAAUUGGGUUUCUGGGUCCUGCAUUUUUUCUUACACAGCUUAGCCAUGUGAGAACACCGGCCAUGGCAGUACUGUGCAUGGCUUGCAGUCAGGGAUCUGAUGCAUUCUCACAAUCUGGUCUAUAUUCCAAUCACCAAGACAUUGGUCCACGCUAUGCUGGAGUAUUGCUGGGACUGUCAAAUACUGCAGGAGUGCUUGCUGGGGUCUUUGGUACAGCUGCAACUGGAUACAUACUCCAACGAGGUUCUUGGGAUGAUGUAUUUAAGGUUGCUGUUGCAUUGUACAUUAUAGGCACAUUAGUCUGGAAUAUCUUUUCAACUGGAGAGAAGAUUCUUGACUGAAGAAUGUAAUGAUGUCAAGGUGUAGGCUAUAUAAGCUAUAGAGAUUUAGAAAAAGAAAAAAAAAAUGGAUGGAACAAAAAUCAGAUGUCCAAAAUGUCAAAGCACUUGGAAACCUAAAAGCACCAUUCCGAAAUGGUAGAGAGCCACCAUCGAAGUUUUUGCCUUUGUAUUAUCUCCAGCAAUCUUGGAUUAACUCGGCACAUUUUGCAAAUGCCUUGUAACAUGAUAUAAAUGCUUUCUGUAUAGAUAAUUGAUGGGUAGUUUCCACCUAUAUAACUUCAUUUUAGCAUACUUAUGCUUAAAAUACAUGUUAUUUGACUAACUCUGCCUCAUCAUACCUGGCCGAAAAAAUA